AUGAUUAGGGGUCGUUGUUGGAAUUUAAAAACAUCAAAAAAUUUAUUAUUAAAUAAUAAUAAUAUAAAUGUAAAAUUAUUUAAAAGAGGAUUUGCUACACAAGAGGCAAAAGUUGCAGCAGUUAUUGCACAUUCAGAUAAGAGAGAAGCAGAAAGAUUAGAGAGAAAAAAGAGAGCAAUUGAGAAUUCAAAGAAAGAAGAUUCAAGAAGUAAUGGAUCGAAAUUAUUAGAGAAAUUUAAAGUACCUAGAAUCAUUGAUUUACAAGAUCCAGAUAUCCAAAAAGAGGAUCCCUCAAUCGCAAGAAAUAUGGAAUUCGCCAGAAAAAGAGUUGAAGAACGUGCUUUGAAUACACCAAAAGCAUCCAACCCAAAAUACCAAGACCAAUACAAAUACACCUCUGGUGUCAUCAUUGAAAGAUUCCCAUCACUUAAUCCACUACCAAACGAAAUUGAGAAAACCUAUAUGGAAACUUAUGAACGUUUACAAGAGAUCGUUCGUAGGGAUCCAAUUCGUUUCGUUUCAAUUGUUGAGGAUUUACCAGAAUUUAAAGAGCAACAACGUGAAAAGAAUGAAGAUAACCUUCAAGAUGAAUUUGAAGAGGAUUUCUCAAACUAUACUCCAGAACCAAGAGAAACUGAAGCUGAUCUCAAAAAUGAUAGAAAAUCAUUAGAUAGAAAAUUAGAUAAAUCUUUAUACCUCAUCAUUAAUAAAUCUGGUUCAAGAUAUGAUUGGCAAUUCCCUUCAACAAAUUGGAUUAAUGGUGAAUCAAUGAAAAAUUGUGCAGAAAGAUCAUUAAGAGAUAGUUUAGGAUCAAAUUGGAAAUAUUUCAUUCCAUCACAAGCACCAUGUGGUGUUUAUAAAUAUAAUGUUGAUGAUGAUAUUCAAGAAUUAAUUAAAGCACAAGGCAUUAAAGAAUUCUUCUAUAGAGCUCAUUACUUUGGUGGUGAUUUCCAAAUUAAUCCAAAGAUCGUUAAAGAUUAUUUAUGGGUAACAAAAGAUGAAUUACAAGAAUAUUUCGAUGAAGAUUAUUAUAAUGAAACUGUUAAAUUAAUUUUUGAUGAUUGUUUUUAUGCUUAUAUUAAAUAA